AUGGGAAGAGGCAAGUUCAAGGGCAAACCUACCGGCCAACGCCGAUUCUCAAGUGCAGCUGACAUACUUGCUGGCACUUCUGCUGCUCGUCCACGAUCAUUCAAACAGAAAGAAGCUGAGUACGAAGCUGAGAGAGAAGAUGUUGAAGAGGAUUCUGAGGAGGAAUCUGAAGAAGAAUCUGAAGACGAAGCUGAUGUGAAGAAGAAAGGACAUGAAGCUCUAAUCGAAGUUGAUAACCCUAACAGAGCUAAACCAAAGACCUUAAAAGCUAGAGACCUUGAUGCUAGUAAAACCACUGAACUCUCGAGGCGUGAAAGAGAGGAGCUUGAGAAGCAGCGAGCUCAUGAGCGAUACAUGAGGUUGCAAGAGCAAGGCAAAACCGAACAAGCAAGAAAGGAUUUGGAUCGUUUGGCUUUGAUUCGCCAACAGAGAGAAGAAGCUGCCAAAAAGCGUGAAGAGGAAAAAGCAGCUAGAGACGCUAAGAAAGUCGAUGCACGCAAAUGA